GUGUGCUUUUGCCGGCAUCUUUGAUGUGGAUGCAGUUCAGUUCUAGCGCAUUGUUGCCAAAUCUGGGCUGUGUGUGUGUGUGUGUGUGUGUGGCCAAGGCUGGGCCAGUGGUUUCUGUUACGGCGGUGCUGGAGAAGGCACAUGCACUGACGAUUUUGGUCGACAAGGCCGUCGCGACGCUGCCCAUCUGUCUGUUCCGCCAUAGAUCGAGACUAGAGAAGCCUCACGUUCGUGUCCUUUGGAGCUGCGGCCCUUCCCCUCCCGUCCGGCUCGUCCUUACGCACCUACCUACAUACCUACCAAGACACAUUCUCCUCCUACGCAGAUCCCGCCCGCACUAGGGGUCCCGCUUUUGCUCGUUUCAUCAACGAGAGCUUGCCCGCUGCCGAUCACGAACAAGAAAGACUGGGGCGGCGCGGCCCCCAUCUCCUACCCGACAUCAUAGCUGUUCGACUGCACGUUGGUGUAGACGGCGAACGGCGCUGACGACGACGACCACGAACACGACCACGACGACCACGACGACGACCACAACGGCGAACACGACGAGCACAACGACGGGAGCACUUCCCGCCCGCUCUCACGACACAAAACGGCAGCCAUAGCAAGAUGCCGGCAGAUCCGACAAGGCCAGCAGAGCUGGCCGCCGAGGAGCAGCACAGCGUCCCCCAGCUACAUCCGCGGCGGUCAAUAUCAAGCGCAAUGCUGAUGCAAGACUCCAUGAUGUCGUCCCUCAGCGCCGCGACGGGCCGCUCGGGUCUGCGGGAGAAGCUCGGGGUGGCAGGGUUCGCAAGGCGCACGCUCGGCAUAAUACUGCUGAUCAUCACCGUCUUCCUCUGGACCCUUUCCAACUUUUUGGCCAGCUACAUAUUUUCCGACAACACGUACAGCAAGCCCUUCUUCGUCGUCUACAUCAACACCUCCUUCUUCGCCGUCUCGCUGAUACCGAUGGCGCUAAAAUACGUACGGGAGCACGGCGUCGACAGCUUCCGCAACGCCGCCUUGGAGCUGUGGCGGGAGCAGAAGCGCCGGGGCCUGCGGCCGGGAGCGCCCAGCAGCGGUCUCCACUCGAAGCUGCAGGCGGAGGGCGAGGACGCGGGCGAGGCCGGGGAGCGGCUGCUCGUGGAUGACGAGGGCAGCCUGGUGGCGUUCGACCUGUCCGGCGGUGGCGGCGGCGGCGGCGCCCCAGCGGCGGCGACGGAGCGGCUCGACCUUCGCGAGACGGCGUGGCUCAGCCUCGAGUUCUGCAUGCUCUGGUUCCUGGCCAACUACUUCGCGUCGGCCUGCCUCGAGUACACGUCAGUGGGGAGCGUGACGAUCCUGACGUCGACGAGCAGCGUGUGGACGCUCGUGCUGUGCGCCGUCAUGCGCGUCGAGAGCUUCACGGUGCGCAAGCUGUGCGGCGUCCUGGCCGGUCUGGCCGGCGUCGUGCUCAUCUCGACGGUCGACCUGUCGGGCAAGAGCGACGAGAACCGCGGCAACUUCCCGCACAAGUCGACGGCUGAGAUGGCCAUCGGCGACUCGAUGGCGUUUGUGAGCGCCAUCAUCUACGGCCUCUACAUCACCGUCAUGAAGCGCCGGGUCGGCAACGAGGACCACGUCAACAUGCCGCUGUUCUUUGGCCUCGUCGGCCUGUUCAACCUGAUUCUGCUGUGGCCCAUGUUCUUCAUUCUGCAUUUCACGGGCAUCGAAACGCUCGCUCUGCCUCCCUCGGGCAAAAUCUGGGGCAUCAUUUUGCUGAAUUCUCUUUCAUCCUUUGUCAGCGACAUGUCAUGGGCAUAUGCCAUGCUCCUGACGACACCUCUAGUCGUCACCAUGGGACUGUCACUCACCAUCCCGCUCUCAUUAGUAGGAGAAAUGAUACAGUACCACCAGUACUCCAGCUGGGUCUACUGGGUCGGGGCCUGCGUCGUCCUCCUCUCGUUUGUCUUUAUCAAUCGCGAAAGUCACGAGGACGAUGAUCCACGCAACCGGCACCACGGAAUGACCGAGCACGGCUCGACAGUCUGAGGCUCAAGACACCGAGUUUCUGACGGGGUUGGGCCUGGUGAUACAACGCACUCCCCGAACUGUGCUUUGAGAGAGAUGUGUUUAUAUUUGUCGCAUUUAAGCAAUUUGCAUUUCACACCUUUUGGGUAUCGAAUCGUUCUCCUCGGGGUAUGCUAACACCUUUUGGAGGGAUUCGUUUCUCUGUCGCUUGCUCGCAUACUGGGCGGUGUCUGUGGAGUUUCCUGUGGGCUUUGUGUUAUAUCUGCCUUCACACAUACGUACUACGCAUUUUCAACCUGGGUUGCCCUUAUUUGGUUGUUCGCAUUCUUGUACCUACCUCUAUUCACUGUUCAUAAGGAUAUACGCAGACAGGAGAUACAUUUUAUCUGUCUUCCCCGUCAACUCAUUUCCCACAGCAAGUCGUCGCUAAAAGCGAGGGAAUGCACAGGAGUUCCCAUGACCCAAUAGCCC